AUGCCCAAAAAGAAAAUUAAAGAAAACAGAACUAAUGAUCCUGGAUUUUGGGCAGCAGGUCCAAACAGUCGUAUAAAAUUUAAAGUAGACAUCGAAGAAGGAACAUGGCUCCAUCCAAGUGAAAUCAUACAAGAUAAAACCAAAGCUGGUGAUGAUAAAGGGGUUGUUAAAUCUAAAAAGCGAAAAUCUCUAGAAGAAGAGGUACCGGUACCUACAAAAUCCAAGAAAAGGAAAUUGAAAAAAAAAAAGAAAAACUCUCAGGAACUCCACACCCAGAACACAGGCAUAGAAGAUGUAGAGCAGUUAAGGGAUGAAUAUGAAAGUAAUACAGAAUGGAAUAUAAGAAGAAGCUUUUUAACAGAACACAUGGAAACCAUGACCUUAGAUAGAUUAAUAUGUCUAUCAAAAUGUUUUAUAAACUAUGAAAUUUAUGGUAAUAUUUAUCCUAAAGAAGUAAUGUUAAUGUUAACAAAUAUGAAAGCAGCUAUAGCUGAUGUAAUCCCUGACAGAAAGGAACGACUUAAAUCCCAAUAUGAGGUUGAAUUUGUGAAGCCUGCCAAACCUGAAUCUAAAAUAUCAGAUGCUUUUACAUUGGAAAAUCUUGAGAAAAGUAAACCUGACUCCAAUUGUAUCAGUAAAUUUUUUGAAGCGUGUCAAAAAGUCAAGAUUGAAUUAAGAAAAAUAAAUGAACACCUGAAAGAUUUCUAUUUUAGAGAGUUAAAUGAUGAGAGUUUUGACUUUCCUCUAAAUUGUAUGCAUCAAACUUGUGCCUUUCUUAAAGUAAACAUUUGCUGGACGAUGAAGUAUAAAACUAUUGUGGAUGCUGAUAAUGAUAUGUUAUCAAAAGACUCGGUAAUGGAAGAUAAAGAAAAAGUAUCUAAUGAGAUUGAACAUGGGAAGAAAUUAGGAGAUUCAAAUAUUGGUAGCAAAUUAAUGAAGAAGAUGGGUUGGAGUGGAGGGGGUAUUGGUAAAAAUCAGCAAGGCAGAGCAGAGCCAGUAUUGAUCAAUAAAGUUGUAGAAAGAUCAGGUUUGGGUGCUGAUGGUAAAUCUUCCCAAAAGGAACUUAAAAAUGUUGUGUUUAAAAUUGUGAAUGAUUAUUAUCAUUCUAAUGAUGACACAGAUAUAGCUUUUGCUCCAGAUUUUUCAAGUUUCGAGAGAAAAGUUAUUCAUGAUGCCUGUCGUAAAUUUGGAUUGAAGAGUAAAAGUUAUGGAAGUGGAGAUGAUAGAUAUCUAGUGAUCAGUCGUCAGAGAACGCCACAAGAACUAUAUCAGUAUGUCUUAUCAAAAGGGGGAGAAACACAUAAAUAUAAACUCAUACCACCCUUAUUGCCAGAAUUCAAAUAA